UAAUUUUGCUACUUUAAAAAUUAAACGAAAUAUUCGUCAAAAAUUAAGAAAUUGUGUCUUAUAACAAAACCGGUACGAUAAAAUUUGUUGGUCACUGUGUUUACUUAUCAACGAGAACCAUAAAGCCAACGCACGGUAAAAGAGCAUCGACAGUCGUCCGGUGGUAGCUCUCUUGAUUGUCACGCGACUCCAGCGUGCGGUGUAACGUAAUGGACAAGGAAGGAAAGAUGACUAAGAACCUGCUAAAACUGCCGAUUGAGGAGAAGGAACGUUUCUUCGAUUCAUUCGACAUGGUCCAAACCGACUGUGAUGGCGUGUUAUGGCUUUUGGGCGAACCGUUCGAUGGUGUGGAACGGUCCAUACGUGCAUUGCGAACAAAUGGCAAGCGGGUGGUGUUUGUGUCGAACAACAGUGUCCGCACGAUGGAAGAUUACCGGGCAAAGCUGUACAAGCUGACCGACCAUACGGUGGACGACGAGGACGUGAUUCAUCCGGCCAAAAUCGUAAUUCAGUAUUUGCGAGAGAGAAAAUUCGAUGAUGCCCUCUGCUACGUAAUCGGCAGCACCAACUUCAAGAACUGUCUCAGGGAAGCCGGCAUUCAAAUAAUCGACGGUCCUGAUGAACCGGUGCCGGAAGCGAUAAAAGCAGUUGCGGCCGUUAUUAACGAUGGACAACCGGUAAAGGCGGUCAUAGUGGAUUUUGACUACAAUAUGAACAACAUCAAACUGCUCCGUGCUCAACUGUACCUGCAACACGACGCCCUGUUCAUUGCGGGAGCAAUGGAUACGGUCUUGCCGGUCGGACGGAUGCGUCUCAUCGGUCCUGGGUGUUAUGUGGAAGUGCUAGAAAAGAUAGCAGACAGGAAACCGAUUGUGCUGGGCAAGCCGGGGCGGGAAAUGAGCAAAAUGCUGAAACAGCGGUACGCGAUCGAUAAUCCGCGCCGGGUGCUGUUCGUCGGAGAUCAGCCCGAAAUGGAUGUACAGUUUGGACAUAUUUCCAACUACCAAACGCUUCUGGUUGGUACUGGGGGUGUUAAGGAGGACGAUUUGAAGCAGUUAGCGAGCACACCAUCCAUGGUUCCUGACUACUACAUCGACUCGUUUGCCGGUUUGGAGCAAUUUGUACGAGACGUUAUGGUGUAUAAGGCGCGCAAUGGAGAAAAAUCAGGGCCCUAGUUAUUUGUUAAAGAAUGCAUGAUUUUUUUUAACAUUUACUUAUUAUAUUUCUAACACUGGACAUGUCUGUGGUGUAUGUGAUAAAUGACGCCAGUUCCACACGAUAGGAUCGGGUAUUAAAUCCCAUCCGGACCGUGUCCCCUUAGCAAGCGACUUAUUAUCCGGCUACGUGGUAUAUGUACAUUUAUUAGUCUAGUUAGCCAGAAAUGACCGGCAUGACCUUAAAGGUCGUAAAGCCAAGAAGAUAAAGAAAGAGAACACAAUUAUGAAUUUAAAGGCAGAAUUUAAAGGCAAACUUAUGGGGCGAAUAUAAGGGACUAAUCGAGAUUUUACAUGCACUAAGUAGCAUACGAAUGGGACAAAGCUAAAUAAAGGUUGGUUUAAAUAAACA